UUUUGUGUCUGUUUACGAUGGUUUAACGAAUGCGAAUUUAUGGAUCACACAAUUAGAAAAUAUUAGGAAAACUUACCGUCUUAACGAUAUUAUGAUUCGUGGAAUAUUAAAUACUAAACUUACUGGUGAAGCACACCGCUGGUUACAUGCACGACCGAAUUGGAUUUGCGAAAAUAUGGACGACUUAUGGCAACAAUUUAAGAUAACUUUUGAGUUUAAAGAAAACAAAUUACGCAUCCGAAAAAAAUUUUGAGCAACGAAAGUGGCAACCUGGAGAACCUUUUUGGUUUAUAUUUUAACGAAAAAUUAGUUUUGGCCAAUAAAUUAACGAUUGAUGAAGAUGAACUUAUUGAGUACAUAAUUGAUGGUAUACCUAAUCGUCAAAUAAAAAAUCAAGUGAUUAUGCAAAAAAUAGAUGACAAAGAGAAUUUACUUCGUACGUUAGCUGAUGUGGAGCUCAAGAUGCCGGCAAGUCGAAAUUCAGAGGCUGCCCCGAACAACGCUAUGAAGGAAAAACGAGAUGACUACAAAAAGGGAGAACGUUGUUACAACUGCAACAGUGUAGGUCAUUAUGCGGCUGACUGCAACAAACCGAAACGUAAGCCUGGAUCGUGUUAUGCCUGUGGAAGCGAGUCCCAUACUAUAAAUGACUGCCCGAUGAAUAAGAAGAAGAAGACCCCAACGCAAAAUGAUUAUAAUGUUUGAUUGAUUCCGGCAGCCCCAUUAGUUUUAUGCAGCAACGAAUGCUACCUAAAGGAGUUAAUUUAAUAAGUAAUGAAAAUAUAUUU